UCAGGAGCAACUUCAUGAUGGUGUGCCGUCGAAGAAAUGGCGGAUUGUUUUUGCAUGGGGGGAGUUGUAAAAAUUUAAGCGUGAGGCAUGUGGAUGUUGUGACGAUUCACGAGCAAGUAGUCAAUUAAACGCUACUUUCGGUAUGAGCGACCAUUUCUGGGAACCUUUAGCUGAAGUGUACAUCGCGAAGCAGGCCGAGUCCCCUAAUCCUGAUAGUUACAUUUAUUGUCUUUGCAGCAGAGUAUUUGUUCGAAAUCCAGAGGUUUAUACAGUUCUUGCUUUAGAAGAUGCUAGUGACGAUGAAGAUGUUGAUGCUGACUGUAUAGGAGAAAUGUUAGACCUUCAUAAAAGGUCUAUCAUAGAAACACAGUCUAUUGAAAAACAUGAUGAAGAACCAGUGAGCUGUUACUGUAGCGCGUCACAUACAGACAACAAUUAUUCCACGGAUGAACAUGACUCUGUUCGUGAUUCGGCUCAUCGUCCUGCUGCACAUUCCCUCACGCAAAAAUUGGGUCUGCACCAAUCAGACUCCGGUGCAGACCUUUCUGAAUACCAUGACCAACAUGAGGCUAAAAGCAUUCAAAACCUGUUGGCAUCUUACGGAAAAAGUUUUCAAACUGCAGACACUGAAGCAGUUGAUGGCUCUGAGAAAGCGAACAUACUUGUGCAGCAUCAGCAAGACAAACAUUUAGAAUCUGAAUCCAAUGCAUUGAAUAUUCGUUCGUUAGAUCACGAUCUUGCAGAUGACGUGGACGUUUUGAGUUAUGAUCCAUCCAGUCUUAAUGAGAAGAAAUUUCAUGUAGAAAGUCCAUUGUUUACCUUAGGAGAUAAAGAUUCUGAGAUACAUAGCACAUUGAAAAAUGUCGUGUCAAAUAAUGCACAGACCUAUAACGAAGAUGUAUUUACAUAUAGCGAUGACCAUAGAUCUAAUGUUUAUCCAUAUUGUUCUACAUAUUCUAAAACUAAGAGCGUAAUGAGUAUAGCAUGGGACAGGUAUUGGGCUGAAAAUGGCGAACAUUUAAUUUGGGCAUCUUGGAUUUCAAAAUAUGCCGAUUACAUAAAUCCAGAAUACUUGCAAAAUAAUGUUCAUUUAAUAAAUGAUGAAAAAUCGGUAACAAAAGAACGCGUGGAAAGAUUUUCGGAACAAAAUACGUGUUUUCCUAAUCAAGCGCACAUAAAUUGUGAACUUGAUCGCUCAAAUUUUGAAGGAAUAUUUAGUAAAAAUAACUACACAAGUGAUACUGAAAUAAAGGCAAAAGACACCUGUAAUGUUAAUUUUUCAUUUGACGAUAUAAAUAAACAAGAAAUAAAUGAUAUGGAUGCAUUGGAAAAUAGGAAGAAGGUGUUAAAUCUUGAAACUUCACCCGAGACUGGAGACGGAUGGAAUCCAUUGAGUCCUUUUAGCAUGGAAGAAAGUUAUAAUCAACAAUCUAAUGCAGAAGAUGAACGACUUUUGACAAGAUGCGAUUCGCUUAAUGAGUCAAUAGCAAAAACAAAUGCAACCUCAGAUUCUAUGACAAACGUUACAAAAAUGACCCUUACUAGUUCUAGUUGCGACUCUAUUUCUAUACAUUCUUCUAGUCUUAUCAGCUCUGUGACCAGUUCCAUUGAAAGCAAUAUAACAAGUACCAGUUCUGAUCAAGAUAAUGAAUAUAUUUCAGAGGACAAUGACAAAUAUUGGCAGCAUUUAUGGAAAGAAAAUUUCCAGAUAGAGUACCAAAAGAAUUAUGAAUUAUUUAUAGAGUGGUAUAAAAGGGAGCAAUCCGAACUUAGCGGUCAAAAUUACAGCCAAGGCUGUAACACAAAAGACGUAAAGGAAGAAGAAAGCGAUGAAAGUAUAAACCAAAAUUUUAUACAAAAGGGAAUGGAUACUUCCAAUAGAACUAAUGUAUCUGAAAAUAAAAAUGCGUCUAAUAAGAGUGUGACUUAUUCUAAGAGAGAAAAGACUAAAAAGAAACGAUUAAUUAUCGAAUCGGUAGGAAUGCUCAUGCAAAAUUUAACAAUGAAAUCAGAGGAUAAUGAAUCUGUUGUAGAUAAAGAGGAAACUGCUAAAGAAGAAGGUGAACAUUCAGGAAACGGUAAACACGAUGGCCAUACUUCGGUUACAGAAAAUGAAAGUAGUAUAAUUACUUCUAAUAAUGUUAGCGGUGGUAGUAUUCAACAAAAGUGUUCCGAUGAAGGAGAUGGAGAUAAACCCAACGAAGAUAAACCUGUAACGUUAAAACGAAGCCAUGAAGCUGAUUAUGACGAUACAGGGGAAGGUUUAGAAACGGUAAAAAAGGCAUUUUCAUUGAUGGGUUAUACGUUCAACGAAAAUGACAAGCAAUCGAAAUUACAAGGAGAAGUAGUAUACAGAAAAAGGAACAUUAGAUUGCAAAAUAGACAAUUAAAAAUGAAACUCUAUAAACCUAAAUCUAUGACCAAACAUAUUUACUUUGAUGACAAUGGAGUGGAAAUUACUAAUACUAUAGACAAGGUGAAGCAGUAUUUAUCGUAUUGUCCAGUUUUACCAUUGGCGGAAACAGAAUUACAACCCUCUGAAAAAGGUUCCUAUACAGCACAAUUUACAUCAAGUUCUGAUGACGAAUGUGAUCCUAGCCUUAAGACAAAGUUGCAAAAACGACUUGUAUUUAGUAAACCGAGCACAAGCUCAAUAGAAUCAGGGAUAGACAAAAGGCAAAUAGAUGAUACAAAUGAUGUUUUAAAUAUAUCCGAUAACCAAGAUAAUGUUUUUAAAAAUAUCAAAGAAGAUAAGGUACAGUUUGACCAAAACAAAGCGAGCAGUUCUAUAACAUAUGCAUCAGAAGAUCAAUUGCCUGAAAAGGAUGAUGAGAAUUUUGACGCAUUAAAUACUGAUAUGGAUGUAGAUGAAAAAUAUAAUCACAACGAAAUACAAAGUAUGAGAUUAUCUGAUGAAGAUAGUAUAAAGAAGACACAGAAAAAGAAAAAAAGGAAGCAAUCUAAAAGAAACAUAAGCCUGCCAAUAGAAAUAGACAAUGAUAAGACUUUAUUGAAAUACUGGUUAAAAAGAUAUCGCCUAUUUAGUAAGUUUGAUCAAGGCAUUAAAAUGGAUCGAGAAAGCUGGUUUUCUGUAACACCUGAAAAAAUUGCCGAACAUAUAGCACAAAGAUGCAAAUGCGAUACCAUAAUUGAUGCAUUUUGUGGUGCAGGGGGAAAUGCUAUCCAGUUUGCUUUUACGUGUGAAAGAGUGCUCGCAAUAGACAUAGAUCCAAUGAAGAUCGAACUUGCCCGUAACAAUGCGCGAGUUUAUGGUGUCGACGACAGAAUAGAAUUCAUUGUCGGAGAUUUCCUUAAACUCGCACCAAAGUUAGCUGCGGAUGUUGUAUUUCUAAGCCCUCCAUGGGGAGGUCCCGAAUAUAAUAAAACUGAAACUUAUGAUCUCAAUAACAUUAUGCAUCCCAUUGGUGGAACAAAUGUAUUUAAAAUAGCAAAAGGAAUCACAGAUCAUGUGGCCUACUUUCUACCUAGAAAUGUAGAUACUAUGCAGCUCGCCAUGUUAGCUGGAGUAGGUGGUGGUGUAGAAGUGGAACAGAACUUCCUUGACAGAAAGUUAAUAGCUAUAAUGGCUUAUUACGGUGAACUGACCAGGGAAUGUUAGUUGUGAUAUGAUGUGUAAUUUGAGAGAAGAUCCACAGCAGCUGUUUGACAAAAGGAACUUCUCACAUUUCUUGAAUCAUUAGCUGUAAAUAAUAAUUCGUAUCAAUUUGCUUAGGCUAUUCUCGAGAAAAGCAGUAUUUUUUAUUUCAUUUAAUGUUUUCUUACAAAAUGCAUAUAAAAAGACAACUACUAUACUAUAUCAUUUACAGAUGUAUUUUUAAAUUUUUCUAUUACUAUUACUUUUUUCUUAAUAUGUUUAUGCCUCCAACAGUUACCAUUUUCACAAAUCUUGCACUUAAGCAAAUUGAUACUAAAAUUUCAAUUUGUGAGGACAUAUUUGUGAAACUCAAUAAUUAAUAUGUAAACGUUUAAACAAAAAGAUUUUAAAUUCAUUCUUCCAUAGCAAUAAGUGUUAUUUUUACCUGAUGGCUAACUAAGUCAAAAAUGCUAGAAAACUUCUCCUUCAUCCAUCGUGUAAAAUAUUAUUUUAAUCUUAAUGUGAACCAUACGAAGUAUUGUAAUUUACAUUUUACAACAGUUUCCAAACUAUUAUUUUACAAUUUUUAUGUACACUUCUACUAAUUUCCUAUUAAUUAUCAAUAAAUACAUUUAAAAUACUAAACGUGUUCUUCUAAUAUGAUACAUGAAUUGUGUAAUAAAAAUAAAAUAAAAAGAUCUAAAAAUUAUUUUAAUUUUUUUAGCCAUGAAUUAUUUGAGAACGAAAUAUAACUUUUUUUUUAAUUGAUGUGAACGUAAAGCUUAUUAACUCAAUUAAAUAAUUGAAAAUUUUU